UCCCUCGGCGGGCCGAGCCGUCCCUCUCUCCCGCCCCUCCUCCUCCCUUUCCCACCCCUCGGAGUGGAGCUGCACAUGCGGCUGCUCCCUGCUCCGUCCCGCCCAGCCACCGUCGCGCAGGAACGGGUCCCUGCAGCCCCCAGCCGAUGGCAGGACAGUAGCCGCCUGUCAGAGGUCGUGAACGGCUGAGGCAGACGCAGCGGCUCCCGGGCCUCAAGAGAGUGGGUGUCUCCGGAGGCCAUGGGCUACCCGGAGGUGGAGCGCAGGGAACUCCUGCCUGCGGCAGCGCCACGGGAGCGAGGGAGCCAGGGCUGCGGGUGUCGCGGGGCCCCUGCCCGGGCGGGCGAAGGGAACAGUUGCCUGCUCUUCCUGGGUUUCUUUGGCCUCUCGCUGGCCCUCCACCUGCUGACGUUGUGCUGCUACCUAGAGUUGCGCUGGGAGUUGCGGCGGGAACGGGGAGCCGAGUCCCGCCUUGGCGGCUCGGGCACCCCUGGCACCUCUGGCACCCUAAGCAGCCUCGGUGGCCUCGACCCUGACAGCCCCAUCACCACUCACCUUGGGCAGCCGUCACCUCAGCAGCAGCCGUUGGAACCGGGAGAAGCUGCACUCCCCUCUGACUCCCAGGACGGGCACCAGAUGGCCCUAUUGAAUUUCUUCUUCCCUGACGAAAGGCCAUACUCUGAAGAAGAAAGUAGGCGUGUUCGCCGCAAUAAAAGAAGCAAAAGCAAUGAAGGAGCAGAUGGUCCAGUUAAAAACAAGAAAAAGGGAAAGAAAGCAGGACCUCCUGGACCUAAUGGCCCUCCAGGACCCCCAGGACCUCCAGGACCCCAGGGACCCCCAGGAAUUCCAGGGAUUCCUGGAAUUCCAGGAACAACGGUUAUGGGACCACCUGGUCCUCCAGGUCCUCCUGGUCCUCAAGGACCCCCUGGCCUCCAGGGACCUUCUGGUGCUGCUGAUAAAGCUGGAACUCGAGAAAACCAGCCAGCUGUGGUGCAUCUACAGGGCCAAGGGUCAGCAAUUCAAGUCAAGAAUGAUCUUUCAGGUGGAGUGCUCAAUGACUGGUCUCGCAUCACUAUGAACCCCAAGGUGUUUAAGCUACAUCCCCGCAGCGGGGAGCUGGAGGUACUGGUGGACGGCACCUACUUCAUCUAUAGUCAGGUAGAAGUAUACUACAUCAACUUCACUGACUUUGCCAGCUAUGAGGUGGUGGUGGAUGAGAAGCCCUUCCUGCAGUGCACACGCAGCAUCGAGACGGGCAAGACCAACUACAACACUUGCUAUACCGCAGGCGUCUGCCUCCUCAAAGCCCGGCAGAAGAUCGCCGUCAAGAUGGUGCACGCUGACAUCUCCAUCAACAUGAGCAAGCACACCACCUUCUUUGGGGCCAUCAGGCUGGGUGAAGCCCCUGCAUCCUAGAUUCCCCCCAUUUUGCCUCUGUCCGUGCCCCUUCCCUGGGUUUGGGAGCCAGGACUCCCAGAACCUCUAAGUGCUGCUGUGGAGUGAGGUAUAUUGGUGUUGCAGCCACAGAGAGAAAUGCCUCAGUGCUAUUUAUUCCCCAGUGACUCCAGGGUGACAAGGCCUGCUUGACUUUCCAGAAUGACCUUGAGUUAACAGGACAGUUGAUGGAGCCCCAGGGUUUACAUGAAGCAGAACCUUCUUUGGUUCCAUGUUGACUGGCUUAUGGCAUGACUCUUCAACCCCGAGGUCCCUGUUGUCAGAUCUAUUGUUUGUUGCACUAAAAUGAGGAUCCAGGGCAGCAGGCCAGAGAGAGCAGAGGUGCACUCCAGACUCUGGGGGUGGACAUCUGACCCCAAGGGGCUGCUGCUCCUCUCUUGGGUAGGGUGGUGGUGGGGGCGGAGUGGGAAGGUAGCAUUGCAGCCUGAGAAGGCCAGAGAGGGAAAAGGCAGGUGCUUUUGGCAAGAGACCAUGAGAGAAACCUGCCAAGAGAGCAUCCUUGGCAGUGGGGAUGUUCUUUCUGCUCUAUACUGUGGCCUGCAGGAGGGUCGGAGUGUUCUUCCCACUCCGGCUGACAGCUACAUUGUGGCAGCUUGCUGGGCUUUGGGAAGGGGAAGUUUGCUCUGCCUUGGAACAAUCACAGGGAAUGGCCACAAACCUGCCCGCAUAAGACCCUGAAUCCGUACUUGGGUCACACGUCUCUCAUUUUAUUUACAGCUGUGCUCCACACUCAGAAAACUCCCUGGGGUCACCUAGUUGCCCCCAUUCCCAGCCUGACUAGAACUCCUGCCUUCUUUCUCCACAGAGCCUACCUCUGUCUGAGACAGGUGCCUAACCUGGGACCUGUGCUCAUGUGAGUCUGGGAUAUUCUUUAGCUUACCUGGGCACAAAGAGAAUUUUUCGUUUAUUAAACAGUACAAAUGUUUUUCAUCCAUUCCUAAUCAAUUCUGUCUGGAGACAAAGGGUUGGACUGGAUGACCUCCAGAAGUCCCUUCAAUUUCUAGUACUUGUGACUCUUAGCAGGUGGCCCUCACCACAGCCUUCUAAAUUCCCAAACCCUAGGCUGCUCCUGGGCAUUAGCAAGGCAGAGCCUUUUUACCUGGCCUAGAAAGGGCAAGGGGUGAGGAUAGGACAGAGGGAUUUUGUUCCAGUUUGCUGCAACACAAGUGGACAUUAGGCCAGGCCUUACCUGAAAGGCCAGCUGCUGAUGCCAUACUGACCCAGUCUUUCUUCACUCUGGCUUCAAAAAGCCAUAGCAGAGCAUGGUCACCACAGAUGCUCAUGCUGCUCCUGUGAAGCCAGACUCAGGAGAAGCCAGUGUCUAGGCACUGAGCAGGGAUCUGCCCCCUAGUUCAGGUCCAAAUGCACCUUCCCCUAAACCCCAAGCUUCCCACCAGAUCAUGUGGUAGGACCCUCGAGGGCCUUACUUCAAAGUGCCUUGGCUCAGCCUGGCUUCUGAGUGCUAGGUCCAGCCCAAACCUGGGAAGGCCAGCCUUGUACAGUCUGCUCCUCUUGUUUCUGAAAUAUGUUUCCUUUUCAGGAGAUGGGGAAUAAGUUCCUCCAGGCAGCUGAAAUUCAUCGAGAACAGAGGGUACUUAUUUCUCAGCUGUGCCUUCCCUUUCUAAGCAACCACACUGCUUGGCCCUUCAAGGGUCAGGGUGAGAGGUGAUGGGCUAGGCCUCCAUUGUCUGGUUGCUAACAACAGCCUUGCAACCCAAGGUGAGGUGAACUCCAGGCAUGUGUCUGUCCCUAACUCCUAUAAAGUGCCUUGGACAGUCUGCAGUUGUAGCAGAAACCAACAAGAACCUCUCCUUCAUAUUUGGAAAAUAAUUUCUCCUUUAUUAUCUCUUUUGAGGAAGGCAAGGCUGAUAAUAUGACAAACAUCAUUGUUUAGAUGAGGCUUAGUGAGGUAGCACUCUCAGAGCGUUUUGACCAGUUUAAGCCGCAGACCUGGAGCUUCAGCCAGGUCUGACUCCAAAGUUGUUCCAUUAUACCACAGCACUGUGUGGAAUUUGAGGUCUAGAGAGAACGAAUAAAAGUGGUAAUUUGGAACUGAAAUCCUUGAGGGCUCUAGGGAGAAGCCCAGAGAUGCCCGUUUUCAUUCCUCGACGGUAAUACCUGUCCUCUUGGCUGCCAGGGGCUCUGUGGCAAAAGGAGUCAGGCAUUCCUUUGGGAAGCAGCCAUCAACCUUAGAGCUCUUGUGUUCAGAAGAAUCUUUCUGGCACCUUGUUGAAGCAGCAGGCCUCUGGGACCCACAGAGCUGGUGGCCUUUAUGUUCUUUCACCCAUCCUAGGAACCAGCCAACCAUCAUGUGUGGAGCCCCUACUGUGGGCAAGGUCCUCCUUCCAUUACCCUACAGACAGCUUACAGGAGCCAGCUUGCUUCCCACAACUACUAGUGUGACUCCUUAUCUCUUUCCACCAUACCUUAGAGACUUUGAUACUACCAGGGUCUCUCAGGGAUGGAGGGAAGACCUGAAAGAGGACUGGUUCUGAGGCCAGAAAGAUGUGAGGAGAGAGGAGGAAAAGUCUUCCUAAUUGUGCCCCUAAAGGGCAUCCUGAUACCAUUCUAUUCUCCGGACAUGGAGGGGAUGAUAAAGGAAAUAAGAUCUCCACUGGACCCUUGAUUCAUUCUGAACCCUCCAAAGGAACUCCAGGGGGCAAGGGAUGAUGAGGGAAGCAAUAGGUAGCUGGGGAGCCCUAUUGCUGCUAAGUCAUUGGCGGCAAAGUGACAAAACAAUUUACUGAUGAGAGAAUGUGCAAAUAGAUGUACAGUUUGGAAUUAUGCUGGUGUGAGUUUGCCAGAGGACCAAUGCUAGCAUGGAGAAUGGGACAAGGACAUUUGUGGGCAAGCAGAUGACAGAGGUUUGAAGGAGAAUUGCAUGGCAGGAGUCUCUGCCAGCUACUUGGGCUUUAACAGCCAAGCUGGCACAAAAGACAGCUGGUGGAGGCUGCUCGGCUACUGGUUACCUGGAGAAGUAGUAUUUGCCUAUUUCCCGCUUCGUCCAUCCUGAGCCAAAUUUCUUUUACUGAACAGGAAAGAGCUAGGAACCCUGGAGGUAAACAAAGACUUUGAUCCAUGUAUGAGCGUGUGUGUUUAUGUAACUUCCUGUGGACGCAAAUAGAUUCAGAGAAAUUUAGAGCUAAAAAGGCCCUUAGAGGGAAUCUAGCCCAACCUAGAUUCCACCCUGUUACUUAUGUAGAAACUGAGGCCCAGAGAGGGAAGAUGACCUGCCCCAAGUGGUGAACAAGCCCCAACCUCUAGAGUCAGCAGACUGAGGGGAUAAAGCAGUUCCUGUCCCACAUGGCCAUCUUCUUUCUUCCACCCACAAACUCCAGGAUGGAAGUACUUGGCCCUUUCAGGAGCCUGGCCAGGCAGGGAGUAGCUGCAGCCUUCAUCAGAACUCUUCCUCCUCUCAAGGCAUUCUCCCAGCUCUAGCUUCUGGAUUGGAAAGCAGGAGACUGGCCCAGUACCAGCAAGUCCUUAGGCUACUGUAAUGCUGCCUCAGGACCCAUCCCUGCCUGGAGGCUUCUCUAGGCCCUGUGAGCACAAAGAAUAAAGCUGAUUUUUGUCUUUUAAUCCAUUUCAGGUCUCUCUCCAGGAGGGCUCGGGGUGUGUCAUUUCUAUAUUCCUCCAGCUCUGAUAUUAGGGGGUGGGCUUUGUUGUGAGAAUGGCCUGGAGCAGGCCCAAUGCUGCUUUUGGGGGUCAGCAUCCAGUGUGAGAUACUGUGUAUAUAAACUAUAUAUAAUGUAUAUAAACUGGGAUGUAAGUUUGUGUAAAUUAAUGGUUUAUUCUUUGCAAAUAAAGCGCUUUCCCUAUCUGUUCUUGA